AUGACCCAGGCUGUCAGCCUCGCCUCCAGAGUGCUCCAUCGAGUGCACCUGCCUCCACAGCUGGAUGCCUCACUGGCCUCCAGAAGCUCUGACUUAGCUUUCCAGAGCUUGUCUGACAUCCCUGGGCCCUCUAUGCCGAGAUUCCUGGCAGAACUUUUCUGCAAAGGGGGGCUGUCCAGGCUACAUGAACUGCAGGUUCAGGGAGCUGCGCGCUACGGGCCAAUAUGGUCCGGUAGCUUCGGGACACUUCGCACUGUGUAUGUGGCCUCCCCUGCACUUGUGGAGCAGCUGCUGAGACAAGAGAGCUCCUGUCCAGAGCGCUGCAGCUUCUCAUCUUGGGCAGAGCACCGUCGCCGGUACCAACGGGCUUGCGGAUUGCUAACAGCGGAUGGUGAAGAAUGGCAGAGGCUCCGAAGUCUCCUGGCCCCGCUACUCCUCCGGCCUCAAGCAGCGGCUGGCUAUGCAGGAACUCUCGACAACGUGGUCCGUGACCUUGUGCGACGGCUAAGGCGCCAGCGGGGUCGUGGCUCUGGGCUACCCAACCUCGUUCAGGAUGUGGCCGGAGAGUUUUACAAAUUUGGCCUAGAAGGCAUAGGUGCGGUGCUGCUGGGUUCGCGCCUGGGCUGCCUGGAGGCUGAAGUCCCUCCGGACACAGAGACCUUCAUCCAUGCGGUGGGCUCGGUGUUUGUGUCCACACUCUUGACCAUGGCAAUGCCCAACUGGAUGCACCGCCUUGUACCCGGACCCUGGGCCCGCCUAUGCCGAGACUGGGACCAAAUGUUCGCCUUUGCACAGAAGCACGUGGAGCAGCGAGAAGGCGAAGCAGCCGUGAGAAAACAGGGAAAACUUGGGGAGGACGUAACGUCUGGGCAUCAUUUAUCCCACUUCCUUUUUCGGGAAAAGUUGUCUGUUCAGUCCAUCGUGGGGAACAUGACAGAGCUACUACUGGCUGGAGUGGACACGGUAUCCAAUACGCUCUCCUGGACGCUCUAUGAGCUGUCCCGGCACCCCGAAGUCCAGUCCGCCCUUCACUGUGAGAUCAAAGCUGCUGUGGCCCCUGGCUCCCAUGCCCAGCCCCAAGCUUUGUCCCAGCUACGCCUGUUGAAGGCUGUGAUCAAGGAAGUGUUAAGAUUGUACCCUGUGGUACCUGGGAAUUCCCGUGUCCCAGACAGAGAUAUCUGUGUGGGUGAUUAUAUUAUCCCCCAAAAUACGCUGGUCUCUCUGUGUCACUAUGCCACUUCAAGGGACCCUGCCCAGUUUCCAGAGCCAAAUUCUUUUAAUCCAGCUCGCUGGCUGGGGGGCGGCCCAGCCCCCCACCCAUUUGCAUCUCUUCCUUUUGGCUUUGGCAAACGCAGCUGCAUAGGGAGGCGCCUGGCGGAGCUUGAACUACAAAUGGCUUUGGUCCAGAUCUUGACCCAUUUUGAGGUGCUGCCUGAGCCGGGUGCUCUCCCAGUCAGACCCAUGACCCGGACUGUCCUGGUACCUGAGAGGGGCAUCAACCUGCAGUUUGUAGACAGACAGCCUGACUGA